AUGACGCCUUCUUGGUCAUUGAAACUUCUUGUCGUGAACUUGGUGCUCGCUAUUGGAUUAGCGGAGCGGCCAUCGCAGGCAUGGAGGGAGGGCAAGUUCAAGACUCUCGUGACGUUUGGUGAUAGCUACACAGAUGAGAAUCGGUUGGGAUAUUUUAUCAACAACAACGGCUCUGCGCCUCCUGUCGGAUGGCAGCAACCAGUGAUAUUGCUAGCUUUCUCUAACAGCUAUCAGGGCCUCAACACUGCAUCAGGUGGUCUCUCCUGGGCCCGCUACGCCAGCAUCUACUCGAAAGCCACUCUCUACAACUACGCAGUGUCAGGCGCCGUAUGCUCAAACUACGUAACACCGCGAUUCUUUUCCGCCAUCAACGCGCCCUUCCCAGACAUUGCAGGCUACGAACUCCCCGCCUUCAUUGCAGACACAAAAUACCGGUACCCUAACGGCACCAAGUUCUACAUCGGCAAGCAGGAUAGCACUGUGUACGCAAUCUGGAUCGGCACAAACGACCUCGGAAACAACGCUUUCCUCACCGACUCUCAAGUCAAAGGAAAGACAGUCAAAGACUAUAUUGACUGCGUGUACGACCAAGUGUCCCGCCUCUACAAAAAUGGCGGUCGCUACUUCGUCCUAUUGAACGUCGCGCCGCUUGAUUUGCUCCCGCAAUACGCACUACCCGAGAACGGCGGCCUACCAGCGACGCAAUAUUUCCCUGAGAAAUUGGGCAAGAACAUCACAGAGAUAGCCGGGCGCAUGCAAGAAACCGUAGCUGCUCUAAACGACGUGUACAAGUACCGCACGCCAUUCCAAGUCGAAGUGGAAGAGAAAUGGCCGGAUGCAAAAUUUGCCAACUUCGAUGUACACGCGCUUAUCUCAGAUAUCUAUUACCACCCUAGUCAGUACCUCAAUGGAUCUGCGCCGCUGAAUGUGCAAGGCGUUGCGCAUCCGUGCGAUCUUCAGGGCAAGAAUUGCUCGUUGAGUCCGAGUCCUGAUAGCUUUUUGUGGUAUGAUGCGCUGCACCCGUCGGAGCAGACGGGUCGUGUUGUGGCGAGGGAGUUUGUGCGUGUUUUGAGUGGAAAGAGUAAGUGGGCGGAGUACUGGGGCUGA